ACAUAACCUCAAAACAACAACCACAUGCGUUCAUAAUAGACUAUAUUCAAAAAAUACCGCUAUUGCUUAAUUUUAGAAAUAAAUCGAUCAUGAAAAGAAAAGUAAAUCCACCCAAACCUCCAGAAAUUAAAGAAAGCGACAAUGAUUUACUCAACGAAAUGAAUGAAUUGGAUAGUAAUGAUUCUGAAAGUUAUGAAGAAGAUGAAGAAGAUUUUGAAACCGAUGAGGAGGCAACAUCCGCAGAAGAAUCAGAUGAUUUCAAUGAAGAAGAAGAGAGUGAUUAUGAUGAAAAUGAUGGCAGUGAGGAUGAAGAUGAUGGAGAUAACGAAAAUGAUGAGGAAAUCAAAGAAAAUCAAGAAUCAACAAAAGAAUUCACUGAAAAUAAAUUAAAACCGACAAAAAUUAAAUCAAAAAAAAAUGAAUACGAAGAUUAUGAUACUUCCGAUGAAGAAGAUAUCCGUAAUACAAUCGGAAAUGUUCCAAAAAAUUGGUACAAUGAUUAUAAACAUUUCGGUUAUGAUUGGGAUGGAAAACAAAUUAUAAAACCGGAAACGGGGGAUAACAUUGAUAAUUUUUUAAAGCGAAUUGAAGAUCCCAAUUUUUGGCGAACAGUCAAAGACCCACAAACGGGUCAAGAUGUUGUUUUAACCGACCAAGAUAUUAAUUUAAUAAAGAGAAUACACGGCGGGAAGAUUCCCGAUGAAAAUUUCGAAGAAUAUGCCCCUUGGAUCGAAUGGUUCACUUCCGAAGUAAUGGAAAUGCCCGUUAGAAAAUUCCCCGAACACAAACGAUCCUUUUUGCCAAGUAAAAAUGAAGCAAGAAAAGUUGCAAAAUUGGUUCACGCAUUAAAAAUGGGAUGGAUUAAAACUAGGGAAGAGGAGGAAAAGUUACGGGCGAAGAAAGAACCACACUUUUAUAUGUUGUGGGGUACUGAUGAUCAACCGGAAGAGAUGCGGCGUAUUCAUAAACAUAUUAAAGCCCCAAAACGGUUACUUCCAGGUCAUGCUGAAAGUUAUAACCCACCUUCAGAGUAUUUGUUUGACGAGAGAGAAUUGAAGAAAUGGAAUAAACAAAAAAGUAAUCCAAUUGAAAGGAAAUUACACUUUUUACCACAAAAAUAUGAAUCUUUACGCAAAGUUCCCGCGUACUCUAGGUAUAUAAAAGAACGUUUCUUACGUUGUUUAGAUUUAUAUUUAUGCCCUCGAGCUAUAAAAAUGAAAUUAACAAUUGAACCGGAAGCUUUAGUACCCAAACUCCCAUCGCCAAGAGAUUUACAACCAUUCCCAACAGUUCUCUCAAUAGAGUACAAAGGUCACAGUGAUAUGGUUCGUUGUAUAACUUUAGAUAAAACUGGACAAUAUUUAGCUUCUGGUUCUGACGAUGAAACAGUAAAAAUUUGGGAAGUAAACACCGGAAGAUGUUUGAAAACGUUUAACACAAAAGGAAUCAUCCGUUCAAUUGAAUGGUGCCCAAAUCAAUCAAUAUCUCUACUUUUAGUGGCCUCAAAUAAUCGGGUUUUAUUGAUAAACCCAAAUGUAGGAGAUUUUUUAAUCUCAUCGAAAACCGACUCUAUUUUAAAAGAAUUUAAUCAAGAAACAACGAUUCAAAGUGAACGAAUCACAACAUCCGUUCAAUGGAUUAAUGAAAUCGAUGAAAGCGAUUACUUAAACGGAUUUAGAAUUAUAUUAAAUCAUUUUAAAGAGAUAACGCAAGUAAGUUGGCAUGGAAAAGGUGAUUAUUUCGCUUCCGUUAUGCCUGAUGGACAAAAUCGUUCUGUUUUAAUCUCGCAAUUAUCGAAAAGACGGUCGCAAUUACCAUUUUCAAAGUCGAAAGGGCUCAUUCAAUCAGUUUUAUUCCACCCCAUUAAACCACUUUUAUUUGUUGCCACACAAAAACAUGUGCGAGUUUAUGAUUUACUUAAACAACAAUUAAUCAAAAAACUGUUAACAAAUUCGAGGUGGGUUUCCACGAUGGAUAUCCACCCAGGUGGUGAUAACCUAUUAGUUGCGACGUACGACAGGAAAAUAUUGUGGUUCGAUUUGGAUUUAAGUACAAAGCCUUAUCAGACAUUACGUUUACAUGGAACUGCUGUCCGAGGAGUUGCUUUCCACAAACGAUAUCCAUUAUUCGCGUCAGGAUCGGACGAUAGGAGUUUAAUCGUAUCACACGGAAUGGUUUAUAACGAUUUAUUGAAGAAUCCUUUAAUUGUUCCGUUAAAGAGGUUUCAAGAUCACGAUCCUUUUAAUGAUUUUGGAAUUUUUUCUGUUAAAUUUCAUCCGUUACAACCAUGGGUUUUCAGUUCUGGGGCUGACGGCACAAUUAAAUUGUAUACUAAUUAAAUAAAUUGAUUUAGAUUAAAUAAUUCUACAAAAUAAAUUUUUUUAAAAUUUAA